UGAGAUGUUGUCAUGUGCAUUCAGAUCAUUGAUGAUUGCAGCAGAUGUGUUGAAGUCUAUGCAUCAGAGACAUGGUAACAAACUGAGAGACACUGUUAUGUGUUUAGCCCUUGAUGAUUUUCUUACCAGUCUGCAUGUGUAUUAUACAACUAAUGCUGAAUUGUCUGAGAAGAGUGGAAAUGCUGCUGAAAGUGAGAGUUUUGAGAAAACCUUAGAUGAUGUACAGUCUGAUGUUAGACUGUGGUUAAAAACAAAAAUGGCAUACUGUAAAAGUAAUGAGCUGUUGCCAUGUUUAAAGGCUUGGAACAGGGUACUGAAUGUUGUUGUACCUCAAGGCUUUAUCAAAGAUGAAUUUGUCAAAUUUAUAUCUGAAUGUCUCCAUGAGGCAUUGCAAUUUAAGAGGCAGUAUGAGGAAGAACUUGUCAGAGUUUACUGUCAAAAUCAAGACUUGUUUUGUAGUGCAAUGCUUGAUGUACUCAGCAAAUAUGUUUUCGAGGCUGUAGUUAGAUUGAAUGAUGAUAUAAAAUAUGAAAAAUGGAAGGAAGACCAGCUAAGAAACUUUGGACAACUUUUGUCAUUAGUGUUUGAAAAAAGUGCAGCCAGUGAUUGUUUAAAAAACCCUUCAUUCAGCCUUCAGUUUAUAUUGAAUUGGAGACCUUUUCCAAUAUAUGUAAAAAUGUGCAAAAACAACAUACACUCUUCUUUCCUUAGUGCAACAAGUGUUUCAAUGAUGAAAAGUUUGAGGGAUUGCAUAGAAAAUCUUGUUAAGGAAAUUUUUGACCAAUCAGUAUCUAUUGCAAAUCUAUGCAUAAUUCAAGAAAAACAGGAAAGGUUUACCAGCAUUGUGAAGGAUAUUCCCGAAUUAGAAGACAAAGGUUUAAAAAGAGAGAUUGAGCUAAGAAUUGCAGAAUUGAAUGCAUACAAUGAAUGUUUAAAGAACUUGAAGCAGUUCAUAGAUAUCUGUUAUAGAUGUGAUGGAAACAUUACAGUAUUAGAAGAACAAACUAGGAAGUUUCAAGAAUUAGAUAAAGUGUCUCUGAAAGAUAUAUCUGACAAAGGAGAGGUACCAAAAGACAUGAAGAAAUAUAAACCUAAGGUAAUAGCAUUUGAAAUUGAAAGUGAUGUUUUAGAAGUACUACCUGAAGUCAUUAGAUGUUCCAGUGGGAAUUUGUUCAUAAGAAUAUGGGAUAAACUUGCUACAGAUUUUCGAAGGACUGUGAAACGUGCCUUGGAGAUUGGUGAAAUAAUGGAUCAUGUUUGGCAUCCAGCUUAUAGAGAAUGGAAAGGUUUACACCAACGACUGAAAUCUGGUGAAAUUUACUUUAAGGAAUUUGAUACUAUUUGUGGAGGAAUGGACCCAGAGACUUUGAAAAAAGAAUUUCUCAUUCUUGAAGAAGGUAAAAAACAAUCUUGGAUAAAGGAAAGAACUGAGCAAAUGACCAGAUACAAAAAUUUACAGAAUUGUUUGGAUGGAGCUUCUAUUAUAAUGGAGGUUGUGGAAGAAUUCGAACUUGAAGGAGACUUUCAGCCAAUUAGACAAAUUAUGCAAAUGACAAAGGGAAAAGAUACCAAGAUGAACAAGCUGAAGCAGUCAUACCUGAAAACUUGCUCAGUGCUAAGUGAUAUAAGUGAAAGAAAAGUCAACUGUCUACAGAAGUUCAUGGAAAGUAAAAAACUGGUGAAUUGGUUAAGGGAAAAAAUGUCUGGUUUACAAGAAUUGAAAACCUUUGUGGACUUAGCCUAUAUAUCCACUGGUGAUCAAGGAUUAGAAAUAGCAAAAGUCAGAUGUUUGCAGUCAGCAGCCAUUGGAUAUGCCCCUCUGAUUUUCAACUUAAAGACGUACUGCAGUUAUAAAGAUUUCUUGGAAAGAUGUGAAGAAGUUUGGAAAGCUUUAGAUUCUAAUCAGAAUCUUCCCAGUGAACUUCUUGAUACAUGUCAUGAAUUAGAAUGGUUGAAAAUUGUGGACGAAUCCCAAGGAUCUGUGGAAGUUACCUCCCUUGUGCAAGCUGAAUCUAUCAACUUAAAUGGCACAUAUCAUAUUGGAUUUGACAAGACAGGAGAUGCAAUUCAAAGAAAAGGACAGAAUCAGCUGCAAUUAUCUGAUGUACUAGAAUUAAGAGUGACAGAGAAAAAGGAAGGAAAGACACUUAAACGAGAGUACAACUAUGAAAAGUUACAUGAUCUACAGUCAAGACUGAUGUUAGUAGCUGGUAAAGCUGAGAUGGGAAAAGAUGAUGUGGACAGAUUUAUUUUGAUUUUGGAUUCAGUGGUCAGAUUAUGUAAUGUAUACAUCAAGCUGUUGUCCUCAGGCUGUGUACUGUUUUCAAAGUUCAAAGUCAAAUUUAGAUGUGACCCAGGAAGUGUUGCAUGUGCUUUUGUCAGUUUUGGUGAAGGGGAUGUCAAACGCACCAUUAGAGGAAAAACAGAUGCAGUGAACAAAGAUGUCAGCUUUUUCAUACCAAAAAUUGCUAAGUUUUUAGAGCAGUGCCAUGAAAGAUGGUUGGAAUUUAUUGACCUGAAAAGGGAAGACUAUUAUAUUUUAAAUUACUUUAGUAUAGAACAAAUGGUGAUUCUUCAACAGGAACUUGUGAAAAUAGGCUUUGAAGGUGAACCAUCAAAUCUGAUUUAUCCUUUGCUGUCUAAUAUAAAACAUGAAUGUACAAGAGAUGACCUUAUUGAGGCAAUGAAGGAGGCACAAGAUGAAUUGGAAGACAUGGAUAUAGAUGAAGCUGAGGAGUUUGAGGAAGAGGUUUCUAUGGAGGAGGAGGACAAUGAGGCAGUUACAGGGAGGUUUAUACUACAGCUGAUGGAAGCUGGAUAUUCUGAAGGUCUUGCAAGGGAGGCACUGAAAACUGUUGCUCCAGAUCAGAUUGAUGAAGGUAUAGCAUGGUGUAUAGAGCAUGAUGAAGAAGCCAUUGAAUUUGAGACAUCAGCAACAGAUGGAAAAUCAGAACAAAACGAGGAUAAAACAUUCAGUGGCUGGAGCACUGGAAAUGAUUCAUUGGCUACAGUUAGAACAAGGCUAUUGGAAACUAUUGGUGUUGGUGCUACUCAAGGACUAGAUAGUUCAGUAGAUGUAUUGAUAGAAAACCUAGAGAAAUUAUGGGAAAAUUUUGUUGGAUCAAUAUCCUCUAGUGUGUCAGACUAUCUCAGUGUAGAACAUCUAGCUCUUAUUUUGAGAAAAGUUGCAGAUAAAGAAACCAUGUCUGUUGAAAGAUCCUUCGCAGUAUGUGGUUGUAAAGAAGGAAUUGCUAAUUUGAUUGUCUGUUCACAAAGUGAGAUGUACAACACAGUAUUAACCCUGUACAGUACAGAAGAUGAUUCUCCAUUACCACUGUCAGAUGAAGUCUUACUCUGUACACCGAAUACAAGUCUUGAUAUGCUUGAAAUAUUCUGGAGAAGAUCAUUAUUUGGAGAUAGUGGUAAAAUAUAUUGUUUAGUUUAUGCAGAUCUACUAGAUUAUGAAGUGAGUGACAAAGGAGAGAAAUUACUUGAGAAGCACAUGAAAAAUGCACAAAAUAGAGCGAUACAGUUCAAGUUAGUGGUGGUUUGCAGUCGAGAGAAUGAAUACAAAUCCAGAAUGGUAGCAGCAUUAGACAAAUAUCGUAGACCACAAAUGUCAUUUGGUGGAGAAAAACAUGUAAAGACUUAUCUAUCUAAAAGAUUUCUGGUAGAUAAGCCAAUCAGUGGGAUAGAAACUGCAUCAUCUGUUGAUUUUGAUAGAUCAAGUGUUCGUGUGGUAAAAUCAUGGAGAGCUGGAGUGGGUAAAAGUUUGUUCAAGAGAAACAUGGUUACUGCUUUAAAGGAGAAUCAACUUAAUGUAAAUGCUGACGAGGAUAAACAUGCUGCAGUGUCCAUACCACUAUAUGACAGAACUAUAGUUGUUGAUGAAGUAUUGGAGGUCUUACUGGAACAUACCAACCCUCCACACAUCAGAAAACCUAGGAUAUUCCAUUUUGAUAUUUCUCAUGAGGUACAAGAGGGUGUAGAUGCUUUCCUGUUCCAGUUGUUAGUGUUGGGAUGUCUGAGUCAUACUUCAGGAAACGUAUGGCGUAGAUCUGAUAUGGACUAUUACAUUAUAGAGUCGAUGCCUCUUCUAGCAAGGGAUUCAGAUACACAGGUUGGAAAGUUAAAAUGUAUGCACCGUUGUUUAGACAUCUUUCCAGAUGUUUUAUGCAGGUCACCAAAAGAAAGCCUUGAUAUUUUUUAUGAGAAUUUUCCUGAUGGUAAUGAAACUGAUUUGAUUUUUGAUGAGACUGAGUAUUCUAGUGAGAUCUUCCAGAGACCCUAUCAGUAUCUCAGUCGUUUAGAUGGAAAUGAAGCUCUGACUAACAUUGAUCCUGAAGAACCAGAGGGAGACAGAGAAAACUGCUUACAGAUAUUACUAAGACAUUGUGGUGUGAAGGAUCCCUCAUGGUCAGAAUUGUAUCAUUUUGUCAGUUUUCUAAACAGACAGUUACAGGACUUUGAAACAUCAUCUUUCUGUAGUCCCCUUGUUCUACAAGAUCUUUCUGGAUUCCCAUCAUUUGUAUUGAAAUUUUUGAUACAAAUGUCUAGGGACUUUGCUACCAGAUCUCUACAGAUAAGUGAGGAGUCGCCAAUUGACAUGUUGAAGCGUCAGUUACUAGAUGAUGAGGAGGAUGAGGAAGACAUUGAGGAGCUUUAUGAAAUGAGAAGGAAAUGGGAAUCAAGCCCACAUCCAUACUUGUUUUUCAACCCAGAUCACCAUACCAUGACAUUUCUAGGAUUUAAUAUUGAGAAAGCAACUGGAAACCUUGUUGAUGAUCAAACUGGAGAAAGUUUGGAAGAUAAAAUUAUGGAACCAACACUAGACAACAGACAACGUACCUUGUUUAAUGGACUCAAUUCACAGCCUGGUGUCAAUUUGUCAGAAAACUUUGAUAAGUUAUCCAGAGGUGAAAAGAUAGAAAAACUGUGCCAAGUGAUGGGAAUAGAGUUCCCACAUGAUCCAGAUGACACUUAUGAAUUAACAACAGACAAUGUCAAAAAGAUUCUGGCCAUCUACAUGAGAUUCAGAUGUGAUAUACCGGUGAUUAUCAUGGGAGAAACAGGAUGUGGAAAAACCAGACUGAUCAAGUUUAUGUGUUCUCUACAACUCCUGCCUGAUGAACCUGUGGAGAACAUGAUUAUCAUGAAGGUACAUGGAGGAACAACAACAAAAGACAUUAUAAAAAAAGUGAGGAAGGCAGAAGAAAUUGCUAUGGAAAAUGCAGAGAAUCAUCCCAAUAUGUUUACUGUUCUGUUCUUUGAUGAAGCCAAUACUACUGAGGCUAUAGGUGUCAUCAAAGAGAUCAUGUGUGACAAAUCUCUUGGAGGAAAUCCAAUACAGAUACAUAAAAGACUAAAAAUCAUUGCUGCUUGUAAUCCUUAUAGAAAACACAAAGAGGAAUUGAUUAAAAAAUUAGAAAAGGCAGGACUUGGCUACCAUGUGGAUGCAGACAAAACAACUGAUAGGUUAGGACGGGUACCAAUGAGAAGAUUAGUAUAUCGAGUACAGCCACUCCCACAGAGUAUGCUACCGUUAGUCUGGGAUUUUGGACAGUUGAAUGCCAGUGUGGAAGAAAUGUACAUCAAACAGAUGGUUCGCAGAUAUGUAAAUGAAGGCAGACUACCUGAGAUAACAGAUUUAGCAGACGUCACCAGUAGAAUUCUUAGUGAAUGUCAAAAUUUCAUGAGAAUGCAGGAGGAUGAAUGUAGUUUUGUGAGCCUGAGAGAUGUUGAGAGAGUGUUAGAAGUGAUGACAUGGUUCUAUAGACAGACAGAAGAAGGAGGGAUACUGUAUGACGAGGAUGCUGAUCAUGAUGAGGAUUUUGAGAAAAUUGAGAUAACCAGGGCUCUUAUUUUAGCACUGGGUGUUUGCUACCAAGCUUGUUUACAAAAAAGACAGGAUUUCAGAGAUAUGAUUGCUGAUUAUUUUGAAGAACCUUAUCAACUUUUAAAUGAAGACCAACUUGAAACAGAGCUAAUAAGGUGCCAAGACAAAUUCUUAGAUAGUGUGAAACUAGCAGACAAUAUAGCCAGGAACCAAGCUCUGAAAGAGAAUGUGUUUAUGAUGAUAGUUUGUAUUGAGCUUAGAAUUCCUCUGUUUUUGGUUGGAAAACCUGGUAGUUCUAAGUCUCUAGCAAAGACAAUUGUAGCAGAUGCUAUGCAGGGUGACACAGCUCGUAGUGAGUUGUUUAAAAAGUACAAACAAGUCCAGAUGGUAUCCUUUCAAUGUAGUCCUUUAUCUACACCUGAUGGUAUCUUGGGAACAUUCAGACAAUGUGCAGAGUUUCAGAGAAGGAAAGAUUUAGACAGAUUUGUUUCUGUGGUAGUUUUGGAUGAGAUUGGAUUAGCCGAAGAUUCUCCCAGAAUGCCUCUAAAGACUCUGCACCCUUUGUUGGAAGAUGGGUGUUGUGGAGAUGACGACCUUGAAGAACCUGAAUUGAAACAGGUAGCUUUUAUUGGUAUAUCCAAUUGGGCUUUAGAUCCAGCUAAAAUGAAUAGAGGGAUAUUUGUACAAAGAGAAGUUCCAGAUGAGGGAGAACUGAUUAACAGUGCAAGAGGAAUUUGCAGGACAUCAAAAGAUAAAGAAAGAAUUCUGAAAUUGAUAGACAAUCUCAUUCCAUCCUUAUCAAGGGCCUAUUCUGAGCUAUUUUCUGAGUUAGAAAAAUCAAAACAGAGGGAAUUCUUUGGUUUAAGAGAUUUCUAUAGCUUGAUAAAAAUGGUGUAUGCCUUUGCUGCCAGAACAGAUCAUAAGCCUACAUGGUUUCAGUUAAAACAUGCUAUCAUGAGAAACUUUGGAGGAUUAGAGAAUAUUAACUCUGUUGACAUAUUCCAUCAGUGUUUAAAGGACUCCACAGUUGGAUUGAAUGAUAGAAGGCAGGAUGGUGAUCCAGAUUGUUCGCCUGGAGGAAUGAUCAAAGCCUGUUUGGACGGUGACAGCACACUUACAGGUGAGACCAGAUACCUGUUAUUAUUAACUGAAAAUUAUGGAGAUUUAGCUAUUUUACAACAGAAGAUAUUGAUGAUGCAUAAUGCUCAGGUGAUAUUUGGAAGUAGUUUCCCCAGUGACCAGGAAUAUACACAGGUGUGUAGAAACAUCAACCGCAUCAAGGUCUGUAUGGAAACAGGAAGUACUGUUAUACUACUAAAUCUAGAAAACUUGUAUGAAAGUUUGUAUGAUGCACUGAAUCAGUAUUAUGUCCAUUAUGGUGGAGAGAGAUAUGUGGACCUUGGCCUUGGAAGUCAUAGAGUUAAAUGUAAAGUCCAUAAAGAAUUCAGAUUGAUAGUUGUAGCCGAGAAAGAGCUGGUAUACAAGAAGUUUCCAAUUCCUCUGAUCAACCGUCUAGAGAAACAUGUGCUCUCUUUAAGUACAAUGCUGUCUGAGGCACAACUUGAGUUAGCUAACAAACUAGAAGACUGGGUCAUAGAUUUCUGUCAUGUGGAAACACCUUUACAUUUAAUGCAAAGGGACAGAAAGAAAGAGAGAAGAAUUGGGGAAGUUUUUAUGGGUUUCCAUGCAGACACAUGUGCAGCCAUUAUCAUGCAGUUGUUUGAAGACAAAAAAUGUCCUUAUGACGAUUUUGAACAAAGCAUUUGUCAAGAGAUUUUACUUGAUGCAAAGACUACACUUCUUUGGUGUGCAGCUCCCGAUGCUGUGAUGAGACUAAAGUCAACAAAACUCAGAGAUAGGAAAGAUGAGAUGAUGCAGAUUUACUUUCAGCAUCAACAACAUGACAGCCUCUUACAGUACCUGUGUCACCAAGUUAUAGAUGAGAAGAAAGCUAAUCUAUUUGCUCAGGUGACAACACAUUCUAAGUUACUGUCAACACCAGAUUUGGAAGAUUUAUGUCAGGUCCUACCAAUAGACAGACAGAACAUGACAUUACUGACUCUACAGUCAUUUGAUACUGAACAACAAUUUUGUAGGCAAAUAAGAUUUUCAUUGGAAAAGAAUAUGACCAUCGACAGCUUACUUAUUGUCCAGUGUGACUGUGGUGACCAGAAUGCUGAUUUGAUAGCUUGUGCUAGAUAUAGUAUACAAGGGGAGCUACAACAGAUUAUAGAAAAACAUUCAGGAAAUAUUCAUGUUGUCUUGAUUGUACAACUUCCAAGAGUAGCUGGAAGCAAUUUUACUGGCUUUCAGUGUGGUUUAUGGCAUUCCUUGCAUAUUGACGAUCUGCGUCCUCCACCUGAUAAAAUGCCGUCCUUUGUUGAAAUGUACAAUAAGCCAGUGAGUGCUUUCUUUGAUGUAUAUAAAGACAUGACACUACCAACUGAAGAUGUGGAGAUGGAUGCAGAAAAAGAUGGGGAACCAGAUAUGGAUGUAGAAUCUCCACCUGAAAAAUUGAAAAAAAAAGAACAAAUAGACAUUCUGUCACUGAUUAUGAACUGUGUUCAUUCAGCUCUGUCUAUGGUCAAAGAUCCUGAAAAAGAUUCACCAAGAACAACUGAAAGAAUUAGAAUGGUUCUUAAUUUAAUUCAAAAUAGCCAUGAACAGGAAGGAAAUACAUUUUUGAGUGGAAUAGCAGUCCAUUUACAAUGUUUACUAAAAGAGAAAGAGGACCAGGAAAGUGAGCUACACAAGGAAUGGCUGUCUACAGAGGCAUCAAACCCAGAUCAUAUCAACAGUGCUGGAACUUUUAGGGGAGCAGCAAUACAGUGUUUAGAAGAGAAAUUAGCCAGUUUACUAGCCGGCAUAAUUGCUUUUAUAGAUAAGAACUGCAAUAUGAAUAUUGUUAUGAGUGAACAAGCUCAUUAUUGGCAGAGAUUUGUUUGGCUAGAAAUUCUCAAUUGUCCACACGUAACACAGUUACAUUACAUACACUCACUUUCACUUCCACACCAAAUAAUGGCUGAACAUAUUGUGCAGGGUACAGCUUAUGAAGGUGGAGGAUUCUUAGCUGGAAUGCCAUUUUCAUGGCUGAUAUACAGGCAGAUUGAGGAAAUUAUGAAGACCACUUUUGAAGAACCAGGCAUCCAUGAAAACCAUGGCAUACUUGAACUGGUGAUAAAAACAGCCAGGAUAUUGGAAUCCACUCCACUGGGUAAAAUUCUGUCUCAAUUAGAAGGAACUAGCAUUCAAGAGGUCAUUCGUUGUUACAUCAAAGAUUUUGUACACAUGGCUUAUCCUGUUAAAUCAGAACUAGAGCAAUUGAAUAUCUGUGAGAACAUUAUGGUUGGAUGUAGACAGAUCAUUCAAGGAGAAGCUGGACGUUUAUUUCCAGCACUUGUUGGUUGCCAUACGGCUUUUCAUCACCACAGAGCUCGCUUCAGAAAUUUCUCCGACAUCAUCCAUGUUUGGCCUGAAUGCUGUGAAAAAGUUACAAAGUUUCAAGAACAGGCAGACCAAGAAAUGUUGUAUCUUGUUACUGCAGAGGAAAUUACUUUAGAUUUAAUGGGCUUACAUCUACUUCUGAAGAACCUUGAACCACCUUCAAAGGAGGCUUUAAACAAACCAAGCAGUAGAAAACAGUGGAUCAGAGUCCUUUGUGAUUACAGACCCAUUGUAGAGAGGAUCUUUGGAUUCUUCAGAGAAAAUGAACAGGGGCAUGAUUUUUCUCCAAGAUGUACACAGGCUAUACUUACAGCAAGAUAUCUAUGGACCAGAGCUACAGUGCUGAAGUUAUUUAUAGAACAUGUUUGUACAGAGGAUUCAGAAGUUAAGAGAUGUAUGCCACUCUGGGUUAUGCUGAAGACAAAAGCUGAUAUGAAAACAUUAGAAUCCCUUGAAAAAGUAGAGAGGUUCUUGAAGUCCUGCAACAAAGAAGUUAGUUCUAAAAUUUUUGGUCAGCAGAAGUGUGUCUAUUGUGAUGAACCAUAUACAGGGGCACAAGAAACACAACCAAGUCCACCAGUAACACUACCAUGUAAUCAUACUAUAUGUAGAAGAUGUUUUGAUGAGACUAUCACAUUGCCAGAUGUAAAAUGUCCAACUUGUGAUCAAUCAUUUCUGAAAGAUUUUCAACCUGUUGCAGCUGAUCAGAGCGAAAAUGUUCUAGCAUACCAGGAUUUCAGAAGACGAUGUAACAGUUUCUUUAUGGAAGUUGUUUCCCAGUUAUGUUUUGCCGAAGGAACCCCGCCAUCAAAUGAAAUAGUAAACAAACUACUGUCCUACAUUACUGUACAAACAAAGAAAGGUCAAGAGGUCACUAAGCAACUGACAAUUUUCAAUGAUUGUAUUGAUUCUACUCCAGUUGUUCGUUCAUUUCUGUUACAACAUUUGAUGAGAACAAGUGGUCCAGACGUGCACCAACACUUGGAGACUUAUUUCAGAAAUGCUUUAAGAUUAGUUGAUCCCACUACCAGUGAACAAUCGCAUAGUGUGUGUUAUCUUGUACUGCAGUGUAUGGAGGAUUCUUAUCAUCAACGUUACUCUGAAGAAAACAGAGAACUAAUUCAAGCAGCAACAGAAAUGUUGAGGAAUUCCUGUAGAAAGAUACAAUUAGAUGCUGAUCAUCUGCUAGAAAACAUGGAACACUUAUCCCAAACAAGAUUCUCUCUUAGUAUGGCAGCUAACUUAAUGUAUAAAGCAUUCAUAGAAAAGACUGUCAAGUCAGACACAAGGUUGAGAAGACUUUUUGAGGCAGUAGGAAAACUUAUUGAAGAAUGUGGAUCAAACUGGCCUAGACGUUACUUUAUAAAGUACCUAUGUAGAUGUUAUGGCACUGACUGUUACCAGACUGUUCGUACAGAUUGUGAUAUGGCAAUGAAAAGAUGGAUUAACUUACCAGAACUUCAGAAUGAUAAGAAAGAAGAAUGUCAAGACAGAUUUAUUGUUUGUGGAGACGGCUAUACACAAAUGAGAGAAGCUUUUGUUCAGGCAGCAUUAAAUGAGGAUGCUAAGAAGAUAGUUAAUUUAUUACAGACUAAGAAGAACAAAUGGAAAACAGAAAUAAGAUUUCUGUUGGUGAUCUAUAGAGAGUUUACUAUGAACUUCUUGUAUGAGGAGGCACAACAGCAAUUCUCACAGAAAGUCAAGCAGUUUCUGCAAAGAACAUUAAUGAAUUGUAAUAAGAUACAAGACAAGGAACUGAUCAGAGAUCUACUGACAAAUAGUGUAUGGAGACAUGACACUGAAAGAAAUAUUUCUCCAGCUUUAGACCUUGGACAGCAAGGAUUAUGUUGCCUGUUGCUGCAUUGUAUGAUUCUGUUCAAAGGAAUACCAGGAAAGCAAACAUGGUUAUCUCCCCUGAUCAACAUAGUCAACAAUCCAGAACUCAUGAUGGAAUCUUACUUUCCUACAAUGCCUCAGGAUGAUUUGGAUCUGAUUACAGAAGCAAUGUUGGCCUCUAGACCAGAUGACGGCAGUGAAAAUCCAGUGUUUCACAGAUGUCCAAAUGGUCAUCUGUAUGUUAUUGGUGAUUGUGGAAGGCCAACAGUUAUAGCCAGAUGUAAAGCACAGAACUGUGGACUUGAAAUUGGAGGACAAGCACAUGUGCUCAUAGCUGGAAAUAUCAAGGAUCAAGGAGUUGACACUACAGAUACUGGACACAUAUUAGGAAGGGCCAACUAUAGAAAUGUAGUCCCAUUUCCUGAAAGAAGUCUCAAACCUGCAAAUUGUGCAAUUAUGAAGUUACUGUUGCACAUGGCAAUGUAUAUUGGUGCAAAUAACAAUGCACAGGCCAUCUGCAGAUCCAUCAAGCCAGAUAUAGAGCAGAAUGAUGUACCUUCAUAUCUACUAAGUCAUAUACAGAAAGAUCUGAGAUCAAUAUCUACAGUUCUUGGGAGGAGUGUAGAAAAUGUGUUGGUUCUGAUACAUUUUUUAUUAGCAGAAAUUAUGAACAAUCACACCCAAGCUAGAAUUGGUGAGAGAGCAGAAGAUGGCAUUUGUUUACUGAAGGAUAAACGAUCAAGAGAAACCUGGGAAGACAACUUUAAUAAAAGAUAUAUUGCACCUAUUCUUGAGAAAAGUGAAGAAAUAUUGAUCACUGUUAAUAACAAAAUCGUCAACGAUAAAAGAUUAGGAUCUGAUCCUUUGCUACAACUGUUAUAUGAAACUGAUAAACCAGCAGAAGUUUUAGGAUCUGAUUAUUUAUCAGAAAAUCCUUCCGUAUGGCAGUUCAGAGAUCGUAUAUCAGUUGAUCAUUUAAUGCAGACAUUUACAAAGUCUCAACAAAACUGUCCAGUCCUACAGCAGUUCUUAGAUGAGGAACACUUCCUAAGAGCUUUAAGAUUUGUACCUGGUAUAAUUAGACUACAGAAAAUGUUGAUACAGAAAUACAGCAGGCGACUAGAUAGAACAGAGGCAUUAGGACUUACAAUGGAUAAAGUUCUCAUGGAGUUUCAAGAUACCAGAUCAUCUGAAAUUAUGUCUUGUUGGAAUGAUUUCAAACAAGCUUGGGAGAAUGUCCAACAGUCUUUGGAAGGAUAUGGAUUUCCUGUAAACGGUAACUUUGUUUACCUGUCUAAAGAGAAUUGUCGUAGAAGAAUGGAGGAGAGAACACAGAUAGCUUAUGUUUUACCAUCUGAGAGAGACACUGGACUAUGUUCAUAUGCCCUGCUGUUCUUUUUACUGGAGAAGCAGAACUUGUUCUUACAGAAAUACUGUCAACAUAGUAAAACUAAAUAUGACAGUCUCCCAAAGGUCAGUGUAAAAGACCUAUCAGCAGCACACUUGAUCAGUUAUCACCCAGACAGAGAUUUACUUCCCAUGGUGUUAGCUAAUUGUAACUACUCCUUUGAAGUAGUUCAGGGAACCAAAGUGGAAUAUAACUUUACUAAUCUGGAGAGACAGUUAAUGGACAGAUUUCUAUUUACAAAGUCUGUUAUCCUGCUGAAGGAGAUUAGUACAGUAGUGUACAGAUCAGAAACUACCAAUGCUGUAGUAUUUAUACAUCUCAGAGACAGAAUUAAACAGGAAAGAAUCAGUGCCUCUGUACUUAGCCUGAUUCAGAUUGACCUUAACCAGAAGACUUUUCCAGAAUUAUGUGAUAGUAUAGACAAACUAGACAUAGCUAUCAGUUUUAUGAAGUCAGUUGGUUGUGACCCAGAGAGUCUUUUGAGUGACUUCAUGAUCAACAUAUUGAAGAUUGAUGACUCUUUGGUUAGCCAGAAGGCACAACAGUCCUGUAAAUGUAAACAUAUACAAUGUUUGUGGAUGACAUUGGCACUGGAGAAAACAAAACGUCUAGAAAACAAUAACAAGGAGUCAUUUGAUAAUAUUUCCUCAGCUUUCAAACAAAAACCCUCUGAAGAACAAAAUGAUGCUUUAUAUGAAAUCUUGGACAUCUUACAAGUAGAACAGCUAGAAAAUUUGUCACAGAUGAUCUUUGACUGCAUUCUGCUAACUAUUGAUAUGCCUCAGAAAGAUGAGGAGUCUGUGGACAUGUCCAAGGUUGGAUUGAAAGAAGCAGUUGAAUCUUAUCUGUAUGAUCCCCCGUAUGUAAAUGAAGCUCUGACACCCGACUGGAUUCAAAGAUUUGUUACUGCUCUACCUAUUGAUGGAGAUUCUCGUCUACUUUGCUGUCAUGGGGUAGAAACAUGGAUGAUAAUUAAUGAAAUAUUUUCUGACAAAAAGGAACAGAUGUUAUAGAUAAUAGAUGUGCAUCUAUAAAAAAGACCUACAAGUUUGUGUGAUUUCACAAUAUUGACUUUUUUGUUUAUGGUUGAAAAUUUCAAAGAGUAAUUUAUUUAUUCUUAGUUUGCAAAUUGAAUACAAUGAGCAUUGAAAUUGUUCAGGAAAGAAAAUGAUUUGUUUUUAAAUGAAAAAUGUGAUUACAAUAGGGGUCUUACUAAUAUACUGUGAGAUUGUUCAUUGUAUACAAAAAAAUAUUGUUAAAUACCCUAAUUUAAUCCUAGAGUAAAUGCCCUUUAAUAGAUGAUUUUUAUGCCCUCACUACUAAGCGUUGGGGGCAUUAAGUGUUACCCUUGUCCGUCCGUCCCGACCGCAAUGCUUAUUACCACAAAACACAGAUCAAGAUCGAAAUUGGGUGGCAUCACUUUUACCGUUCAUGAGUUAUGCCCCUUUAUAAACAUAAAAAUUGCUGAAUUUUUUGUUUCCUUUCUCUAACUUUAGUUUGCCUCAACCAAAUGUUAUAAAACAUAUACACAAUGCUUAUUACCACAAAACACAGAUUAAGUUUGAAAUUGGGUGGAGUCACUUUUACCAUUCUUGAGUUAUGCCUUUUAAACUACGAAAGUACCAUUAGAAUUGGUAGCAAUAUGGUUGGUUGUUUGUUUGAUAAGGUAUACAGUGAUUAUUUGUCUUGUAGUGUGAUUUAUUACCUUUUUAUUAGUUGCGGUUGUAGGGCUAGAAUUAAAAGAAUAUUUAACCAAUCAGUUUUAUUAUAGCCUUCAUACUUAAAUGCUUGUUGUUAAGGUUGUCUAUGAAAUCAGUGUUACAUUUGUUUGCAUUUUGAGAAAAAGAAAUCUAGAAAUAGUAAUAUAAAAAUUAAGCAGAAAAUAUAUUUUGAAAUUUUUUAUUAGGCACCAGUUCACAUUUAUCAAUGAAAGGUAUUUAUAGUUUAAUUUUUGAUAUAAAUACUUUUCUACAUGCAAACAUUGUGUUAUGGUUUAUAUAUUUAUAUUAUAUGCAGCACAUUCUGCAUUGACACCAAGUUCAUUUCCUUUUUUGGAAUAAAGAUGUAUGUUAUGCAUAUUUUGAUAAACCUAUUGUAUUGUAUGUAAUAAGUGAUGAUUUAUUUUUAAUCAAAUUGUUUGUUAAGUAAAGUAGAUGGUAUGCUUUUCAUGCCAUCUUAUUUGGGAAAAACAAAGGAGUAAGCCCGGUAAGACCUUUUUGGCCCUAUAUACACAAUUACUGCAAUCUUCACAAUUUUAGCAUGUGUGCUAAUUUUUAGAAAGUUUUUGUCUAAAAUCGAAUUGGCCCCUCUUGUGUUCUGUCCUAAUAUUUAAAUAUAUAUGUUGUAUUGGAUGAUAAUACAUAAUAUAUAUAAAGGUUGAGACUGAACAUGAAUGGGGCCACUUACAUUUUAGACAAUAACCAUCUGAAAAGUGACGUUGUAUGUCAUAUUUGAUAGAUUUUUCAUAUUUUAGCUUGAAUUUGAGCAUCUUUAAUGACCAAAUCAGUUCAAAUCUUUAACAUCGACCGAAGUAGACACUUAAGUGUAAAAGAAAAGGUCAAAAACAUUUCAUCAGAUGUACUUCAAAUUUCAGGUCAAAAUUAGACCUUACCGGACCUUCUCCUUUAUAGUGUUAAAAGAUUGUUUAUACUAGAGUCUUUCAAGACAGCUGAAUUGAAGAUCAUGUAACUUUGUCAGGUAAUGUUGAUCUAUUUUGUGUAUGCGUUCAUGCAUGUUACUUGUUUGAAGCAUGUUACGUAAGUGAUAAACUCAGAUCUACAAUGCAUCAUGCAUACUUUUUUAUUUUUGUGAUUUUGAAAGCAUCAAUCAUUGGUUUGUGAUACACAUUAUUCAUCAGUAUUAUUUGUUAUUUGAUUGCAGUUAAUUACAGGAUGUAUAUUUAUCUUUUUGUUUGAUGUAUAUUGUUGUUUUUUUGUUUUUUUUGUUGUUUAUUUAGUUUUUUUUUUAUUCAUCAGUUAUUAUUAAUUAUGAAAUCCUUAUUCUUGUUUUAUCAAUAAGUUUUAAUACCAGUUCAUACAUUUUUGUAUAUCUUCUUUUAUUAAAAUGUGUCCCUAUGA